UUGGACAAGAUCUUCAUGAAUAUUCCAUGCACCCGGAAGUAGGGCGGUACUACUGGUGCUUUGCUGUCGAGUCACCUCUGUCAAGCGGGAUGGAGGAAAAGGAGCCGCUAUUAUGCUGAUAAACGCAGGAUCCCGACGGACUGAGCAUCAAUAACCGACAUUAGCUCAGUUUAAACUGUUCAUUUAUCUUUAAAUUACCGAAUUUGUCUUGUCACAGUUUGCCAAAAUGAUGGAAGAAAUCGACAGGUUCCAAGUGCCUCCUGUCAACGGAGAGACACAGCCUUUGGAUCCAGCAGCGUCCUCUACUUUGGAGGUGGCGUCGGACCCUAAAGGAGAGAGCGUGGCCAUGAACUACAAGCCCUCCCCACUGCAAGUCCAGAUAGAGAAACAGAGGGACCUUGCCAGGAAGGCUUCGGUGAAGAAUGGCACCGUGGGAAGUCCUGUCAAUCAGCAACCCAAGAAAAACGCCAGGACAAGGUUGGUCGUGCCAAACAAAGGUUACUCCUCUUUAGACCAGAGCCCGGAUGAGAAGCCUCUGGUUGCGCUGGACACUGACAGUGAUGAUGACUUCGACAUGUCCAGAUACUCUUCAUCAGGAUACUCCUCAGCCGAGGUGAGAUGUCUGAGGGACCAGCAAAUUAACCAGGACCUGAACAUCCAGCUGCUGAAGGACGGGUACCGGCUUGACGAGAUCCCAGACGACGAGGACCUGGAUCUGAUCCCCCCUAAAGCAGUCAACCCCACCUGCAUGUGCUGCCAGGCCGCCCCCUCCACCGCCUGCCAGAUCCAGUAGCUGCCCCCACUCCUCCUUCAUCCCUAAAUGUUCUUUUUUGCCAGCUGCUGAACAGAAUGGCAUUGAGGAGGAAAAAUGUGAAAAAAAAAAAAAAACUGUCUUCUUGAAAAUCAGGCAAAAGCAAAACUAAGAGAAUGGGGGGAGAGGAAAAAGUUGAAUAUGUACAGUACCUGUGCAUGUUCCUCCUAUGGCAGGAUCUGUGUGUCUUAUGUCUGCAAUGUUGGUUCAGCGGGGAUGGAUUCAACUCAUGGCAGAGACCUUACCUCGAAGAAAACAACGCUACUUUUGCUUCUCCUUUGUUCGAGUUGUAGCUCUUGCUUGGGGAGUUUUUUUUUUUUUUUUUUUUGCAUAAAACGAUUGUGCAACGUUGCAGAAGAGGAGAAACGACAAGAAGGGGCAAGAAAGAAUCGGCCAAAUUGCUUUCUUUUUUUUUUUGUCAUUACUGCGUCAGUGGGCUGUCCAGACUCUCCACUUCCUCUCCUGGUAUACAAUUUGCAACCCAAUAUGAUGGAAUGUAGGACAUUAGAAGUUUGAACGAGGCCAUUUUAUUUCCAAUUCUCUCAUUUCUUUCUUUCACCUGGUCUGCUUCUUCGUCAUCCCCUGUACGUGAGAACCAGACUCAAAAACGACGCGUGUGAGUUCGGUCAUGCCCAGAAAAAAAAAAAAAAAAAAGCAGCGUGAAUGAAACACUAGUGCUCACUCUCUCAAACACUAAGCUACCAGUCAGUCUGUUAUACUGAGAUCUUGUCCUGCUUAUAUCUGUUUUAUAUUUAGUUAUAAGAAGCAGAAAAGCGCAUGUUGCCUGUUUACACUGCGUCCUGAUGCCAGAUGUGCAGAUAUUUAUUUUAUUCUACUGACCCGCAGCCGACUCCCGUGUAUUGAAGAAACGUUGUGUGCUUUGUGAAAUGGAACAUCGUCCGUCACGUUUAGGUUCACCUACUGCCAUUUUAGUAGAUGUGGGGGGGAGAAAAGCACCGCAGCGCACAUCGUGCGUAAAUCCGUGUCCCAGCGUUCUCACACACUGAAAGGUUACGUCAUAGACUGUAUGCAUGAAUGAGGGAAAUGAAUGAAGACGGAGGCUUAGAAUUGUAUGUUUUUUCUUUUAUAUACUGAUGUUUGAAUUGUGGCCAAAUAAUAAUCAUAAUACUCCUGGUAAAGAUGUGCUAAACCCCCCCAAAAAAGCUAAAUUCAUCUUUCAAACUUCAUAACGAAGGGAAUAAUCACAGCUGACACACGUUACCACCUGAAAUAAUCUAUAUAAAAUGAAUUUUAAGUUAAACACUUUCUAGGAACGUUAAUCCCUGACUUUAGGUUUCUACUACGUGUGAAUAUCAUCCACCCAUCAUUUGCCUGUUUGCAGCCGAGCUGGAGCUUUUCUAGUGGUUAAUUGGCAGGUGAUACAGUGGCGCAACACCCAUGCAUGCACACACACACACACACGCACAUACACACACACCCACACCCACAGUCCUGAGGUCAGUUUAGUAGGACUAAUUACCCUGACAGGCAUGCUUUUGAACUGCAAAAGGAAGCCAGGGUAUCUGGACAAAAACUCCUUGCGGAAAGACUCAAAAACUGCCAUUUGGGACUCUUUAAAAUGUAAAGUACAAGAGAAGAAGCCAUUCCACUGAGACAAAUGCAUUCAUAUUUAAUAAGAGUAAUUGGUAGUAAAACGUGUCAUCUUAGGGUCCUAGAAACGUAUUUUAUUUGUACACUUCUUUACCAGGGAUGCCAAUACUUGUGUAGGGUGCAUCUUAUGAACCUGUAGCACUAGAAACUGUAGUCAUUUCAUACUUUAUGCCAUUCUUCUUGUAGUUAAGUAUCUCAAUAAGAACUUCUUAAUUUUUCUUUAGAAGUAAUGUACACUUUUUACUUAAUGUCUGAACCACUGACAGACCUCAGAGUCUUAGACUGAACCAUCUCCCUGUUGUUACACCUUUGAAAAUAUUGAUCCUCAUGUCCCGCUCACAUUGAAGAAAAAAAAAAAAAGUAGAUGGAAAUAAGUAUGUGUCAACACUGCAGUGUAAACUUAUUUUUUUUUAUUAUUAUUUGUUUAAACUUUGGAAAGUCUAAACUUGUUUACACCUUAUUUAGUUAUUCCAGCAAGUUGGUGUGUUUUAGGUUGAACUCCAUAUUGGUCCAAACUAAUCCUGUUAUUUUUAGGGUUUUUACACUUUAAUACAAAAAAAAAUCUACAGAACAGCAGGAACAAAAGCAACAGGAAAGUCGCUGACUCACUGAAUGGAGAUGGUGUGUACUGUACAUAUACAAAUACAUUAAGUUAUGGUACUGUAUAGUGUAAAAAUAGAGAAAAUUGUAUUUUGUUUUUUAUUCCAAUUUUUUUUUUUUUUGGUCAUUUGCAGAUCUUUGUUUCAGUAAGCCAUCCUAAUGGCGUUAUCAGGUGUUACGGGUAGAGAUGAUCUAAAGGACUAUUAGCUACUUAUAACAAAGGAUGACAGGAGAGACAAAUUGUUUCUUUGACGGUGGCGCCUUCUCUGGUUAAAAGUAAAAAAAAAAAAAGCCUUAAAAUGAUUUAGUUUUUUAUUGCAAUAGCACAUGCUCCCACAGAAAGUUACUGCAGUACUUCUUUUAAGAGCCUUAUAGGUUUUUUUUUAUUGAAGCACAUUAUAUCUGCACUACCUUCGCUGUUAGCUGAUGUGUCGUCAUUUGUUUGAUCAGACAACAGGGAUGCAGCACAGGACCGGAGGCUAAUUGUAACAGAGAAGCAAUGUCAGCUUCACGGUGUAGAAAGAUUGGGGAAAUAUAUUGCAUAUCGGUAAAUAUCAGUUAUUGACCGUUCAUAUUAGUGCAUCCACAAUUUGUUUUACCUUAUUUCUGCUCACUGGACAUUGUGACAAGGUAAACUUUGUUUCUUUGUACAAUCUUUUUGACUUCAGUUUUCCUUUUUUUUUUCUUCAUAGCUUUAAUAACUGUUCUGACUGGAGAUAUGGACAAGAAGCUGUGUUCUUGUAGUAAUUUCCUGACUUGUGUCGAUUAACACAUAUUUGUCUUUCUGAAAUUGCGAGCUUUCUUAUCUUUUAAGUUUAAUGAGGGAAACGGCCGCCUGCUACACAUUUUCUACAGCAAGGAAACAGGAAGUCACUCAUUACUAACAAACGUUAGCAAAGUGUGCAUUAAGUACUUCUUAUCAUGCAAUGUUUUUCCCCACUGAAUAAAAAUUCUCAAAUUAAAAAUAGUACAUUCAGGACGCUUUUAGUUGGAAAUUUUACUUCUGCAAUAAAAGAUGAGUCAAUUUUAAGGCUUUUUAACUAAUAAAAAAGGAGAAGGGGUGCUAAAUGCUACUUUCCCAUUUAGAUCGUCGUUUCACUGGAUGUGCAUACAUGUCAUGAUCGUCCCCCUGAAUGCUCAAAGCCAGGCCAGUGCCGGUUAAGGCACAGCUUCACUUACUCUUUGAGUCCAGAAUAAUGAGAUGUGUGUGUUUUUUUUUUCCUUUUAUUUUCACUUGUGGGAAUUAAUUUCUAUAGAAACAGGCGCUUUUUCAUCUGUCAGAUGCUUGUCAUGAUUGUGAACUGGCUCCAUUUAGAUUUCAACAGUGUUACAGUUCUGUGUAUAGUGCAACAUAUCAAAAAUAAAUAAUGGAUAUCUCAA